AGUAGAUUAGGCAUUGACAAAAACUAACGGCCACAAUGCAACAAUGAUUGUUACCGGAGCUUGCGACUUCUCUUCAUCACUCUCCGUCGCCUCUUCCUCCUCCUCCGCCGUCUCCGUCACAACCUUCAACAUUUCCUCUCUCUCCUCUCUCUCCUCUAACCCUAACAUCAUCAUCAAUUCCAGCUCAACUCUCCUCCGUUCCCUUUCCUUCUCCCUCAUCCGCCACCGCAGCAGCUACUCUCGUCGCUCUCUCCGCUGUCUCUCUAUCCACACAGUUCAUGGAAACAAAACCCAAUUCUUCUCUCACUCUUCUACGCGAACUCCACCACUUUUCACGGCUAAUUCCGCUGCUCAACGAAGCGGGACUUUCGUCGAACACCUUACAGGCAUUACAGAAUCGAAAGAAGGAAGCAGCGAAGCCAACGAUUUCGGUGAUGUAGAGUCUGCUAGGAACGAUAUAAGGAAUGUUACGACUCGUAGAGUAGAGACGGAGGUUGAAGUUAGAGAAUUGGAAGAGUUGCCGGAGGAAUGGCGACGGUCGAAGCUAGCGUGGCUGUGUAAAGAAGUUCCGACGCAUAAGGCCGUGACGCUUGUGAGGCUAUUGAAUGCUCAGAAGAAAUGGGUUCGUCAAGAAGAUGCUACUUACAUCGCUGUUCAUUGUAUGCGGAUUCGUGAGAACGAAACUGGAUUCAGGGUGUAUAGAUGGAUGACACAGCAGAAUUGGUACCGGUUUGAUUUCGGGUUAGUGACGAAGCUAGCUGAUUACUUGGGCAAAGAACGGAAAUUUACGAAAUGCCGAGAGGUAUUUGAUGAUAUUAUGAAUCAAGGGCGUGUUCCUAGUGAAUCUACAUUUCAUAUUCUUGUAGUUGCAUAUCUAAGUAGCUUAUCAGUCGAAGGCUGUCUCGAGGAAGCGUGUAGCGUUUACAAUAGAAUGAUUCAACUUGGAGGUUACAAACCGCGUCUUAGUCUACAUAAUUCUUUAUUUAGAGCUUUGAUAAGCAAACGAGGAGGGAUUUUGAAUGAUCAGCUUAAGCAAGCAGAGUUUAUCUUUCACAAUGUUGUGACAACAGGGCUUGAGGUUCAGAAGGAUAUCUAUAGCGGAUUAAUCUGGCUGCAUAGUUGCCAAGAGGAAGUUGACAAAGACAGGAUUAACUUUCUAAGAGAAGAGAUGAUGAAGGCAGGUUUUCAGGAGAGUAAAGAAGUUGUGGUCUCGUUACUUAGAGCUUAUGCAAAGGAGGGAGGUGUGGAAGAAGUUGAGAGGACGUGGCUUGAAUUGCUUGAUUUAGAUUGUGGUAUACCUUCUCAGGCGUUUGUGUACAAAAUGGAAGCUUAUUCGAAAGUAGGUGAUUUUGCGAAAGCUUUGGAGAUAUUCAGGGAGAUGGAGAAGCAGUUAGGUGGUGCAACUGUGUCUGGUUACCACAAAAUCAUUGAGGUUCUAUGUAAAGUCCAGCAAGUGGAAUUUGUGGAAACUCUCUUGAAGGAGUUUGAAGAAAGCGGGAAGAAGCCGCUUCUACCAUCAUACAUCGAAAUAGCCAAAAUGUACUUCGAUUUGGGUUUACAUGAGAAGUUGGAGAUGGCUUUUGUUGAGUGCUUGGAGAAAUGCCAACCUAGCCAGACUAUAUAUAACAUAUAUCUGGAUUCAUUGGUUAAAAUCGGCAACCUUGAGAAAGCAGGGGAUGUCUUCAAUGAAAUGAAAAACAACGGGACAAUCAAUGUGAAUGCUAGAUCGUGCAACAACCUUUUAAAAGGAUACUUAGAUUCUGGAAAACAAGUGCAGGCAGAGAGAAUAUAUGAUCUGAUGAGAAUGAAGAAAUACGAAAUCGAACCAUUGCUUAUGGAAAAGCUUGAUUACAUCCUGAGCUUGAAGAAAAAAGAGGUGAAGAAACCGUUAAGCAUGAAGCUAAGCAAAGAACAGCGCGAGGUAUUGGUAGGUUUGCUGUUAGGUGGCUUGCAAAUCGAAUCAGACAAAGAGAAGAAGAGCCACAUGAUCAGAUUUGAAUUCAGAGAGAAUUCUCAGGCUCAUCUAAUUCUUAAACAACACAUACAUGACCAGUUCCGCGAGUGGUUGCAUCCUUUAAGCAAUUUCCAAGAGGAUAUUAUACCGUUCGAAUUCUACUCCGUUCCCCAUUCAUACUUCGGGUUUUACGCCGAACAUUUCUGGCCCAAGGGUCAACCAGAGAUUCCAAACCUGAUUCAUCGGUGGCUCUCACCACACUCACUCGCGUAUUGGUACAUGUACAGCGGCUUUAAAACAUCAUCAGGAGACAUUAUCUUGAGAUUGAAGGGAAGUCUAGAAGGUGUUGAGAAGGUAGUAAAGGCUCUUAGAGCCAAAUCUAUGGAAUGUCGAGUUAAGAAGAAAGGAAAAAUCUUUUGGAUUGGACUUCAGGGAACAAACUCAGCUUUGUUCUGGAACCUAAUAGAGCCUUACGUGUUAGAGGACUUGAAAGAUCAUUUGAAACCUCCUUCUGAAUCAAUAGGCAAUGCAUCAACACAAAAUCAAAAACUAGAUUCAACCAAACCAGUUGAAGAAAUUCAUCAUUAUUCAUUAAGUUCUUCUCUACAAUUGUAACACUGGUUGGAUGUUUUUCAGUGCAUUUGUUCUACAAGUCUAAUAAAACAUUAAAUAUAUAAUUUGUAA